CCGUACCUUCCAGUGGCGGGCAUUUCCUCUUCUCUUAUUUCGUUAUUACGCGAUCAGGAUCUUGCCGUCCCGACAUGAAAAGGAGAAGAAGGCGCGAGAGUGCUGGUGGUCGCAGCAGGCGUGAGGCCCAGCGACGCGGCUCUGGUGAGCGGUGCCAGGGCCGGGACAGGAACGCCGACACCAAGGCCAGCCUUGUCGCCUCUCCGCUCCGCGCCCGGCGUCCGAUGGCGGCGGUCUCGCUGAGGCGCAGGGCCCAGAGAGAGGGUGCUGGGGUCCAGCCUCGACGGGUCUCAGGGUCCCCGAAGGAGGAAUGGCUCAGGCGAAGGAGGAACGGCUCAGGCGAAGAAAAUGGAGCGAGACACCAGGAUAAGGUGACCUUGGAGGAUGUCACCGUAUAUUUCUCCAGGACAGAAUGGCGCCUCCUUGAUGAGACUCAGAGACACCUGUACCUCAAUGUGAUGCUGGAGAACUUUGCUCUUAUAUCCUCGCUGGGUUGCUGCUGUGGAGCAGAGGAUGUGGAGGCACCCACUGAACAGAACCUUUCUACACAAGCAUCACAGGAAAAGAAUCUUAAGAUAGCUUUGCCUUCCCAGAAGGGCCACCCCUGUGAGAGCUGUGGGCUGGUCUUGAGAGAUAUUUUCCUCUUGGUUGACCAGCAGGGAAUGGAAGAUAGCCAGAAACUGUUGAGAUGUGGAGCCUGUAAAAAACUAUUUUAUUUCAGAGCAAAGCAUCACCAGGAGCAGUAUAUGAGAGAAAAGCCAUCCAUACGAGGUGGGGACAGAGCCUCCCUUGUGAAGGGCAGCAAUUUUAAUGUGUCCCAAAAGCUUUUUACUUGUGGGGAGGUUGGGCAGAAUGUUUUUACCAGAUCAGGACAUGUCCAACAACAGGCUACUUACCCCAGGGACAAGCCAAAAGAAAUGGCAGCAUCUGAGGAGGGUUUUCACAGGAGAAAACAUCACACAGGCAAGGAAUGUAAGAAAGCCAUUGGCUGCAAACGUCCACUUGAUCCAGAUCAAGCUGUCAAAACUGGAAGACAGUGUUUUGUGUGCCAUGAAUGUGAAAAAUGUUCUCUAGAAAUCUCUGGGCGUCAUUAUCAACAGAAAGUUCACACAGGAGAAAAGCCAUAUAAGUGCAGUGAAUGUGGAAAAAGCUUAGUUCAUUUAGGAGAAAGGCCUUAUAGGUGUGGUGAAUGUGGAAAAUGUUUUAAACAAAGUUCAAGCCUCAUUAUACACCAGAGAGUCCAUACUGGAGAGAAGCCUUAUGAGUGUGACAAAUGUGGGAAAUCCUUUAGCCAAUGGGGAAGCCUCAUUCAACACCAAAGGAUUCACACUGGAGAAAAGCCAUAUCAGUGCACUGAAUGUGGGAAAUAUUUUACCAGAAUGUCUGGCCUUCAUCGUCAUCAAAGACUUCACACUGGAGAAAGGCCUUAUGAGUGCAGUGAAUGUGGAAAAUCUUUUAAGAGGAAAUGGCACUUUCUUUGUCAUCAAUAUACUCACACGGAAGAAAGGCCUUAUGAGUGCGAUGAAUGUGGGAAGUGUUUUAAGAGUAAAUGGCACGUUCGUUGUCAUCAGAAACUUCACACUGGAGAAAAGCCUUAUCAGUGCAGUGAAUGUGGGAAAUCUUUCAUUGUAAAUUCUGCCCUCCUGUAUCAUCAGAGAGUUCACACUGAAGAGAAGCGUUAUAAGUGCAAUGAAUGUGGAAAAUCAUUUAUUUGGAGCUCUAGCCUUCUUUAUCAUCAGAGGGUUCACACUGGAGAAAGGCCUUAUAAGUGCAGUGAAUGUGGGAAAUCUUUUAAUAGGAAAUAUCCGUUCCGUUGUCAUCAGAGAGUUCACAAUGGAAAAAGGCCUUAGGAGUGCAGUUAAAGUGGAACACCUUAUACCACUAGCCAUGGCUUCUGUUCCCAUCAGAGGUUUUGCACUAAAGAAAGGCAUUAAAAGUGCACUGAAUAUAGGAAAUCUUUUUUCAUCAGCAGUAAUGUUCACUAUUCUCAGAAAGCUCCCAGAGGAGAAAGGUCAUAUUAGCUUAGUGAAUGUGGGAAAUCUUUUAUCAGAAUCUCUGACCUUUGUUGUCAUACCAGACAAAGAACUUUUAAAAACAAAUUGUUCACCUAUGAGUAUGUUUAUUCUUUUAGAGAAAAUGAAAAGGACAGAGAUAAAAUGAUGUGAGACCAAAACAUCAAUUGGUUGCCUCUCCUACAUGCCCCAAUGAGGGAAUGAACCUGGGCACUGGGCAAGUGUCCUGACUCACCAUCAAACCACCGACCUUUUCUUUGCAGGAUGAUUCCCAACCAACUGAGCCACAGUGGUCAGGACCACCUCAAGUACUUCUGACAGCAGCAUGAAUUUUUCCCUUGUGAAUGGGGUAUGCCAAUAAUUUUGAAGGGAAUCACUUUCAAGAGUUUUUCAAAGGUCCAUGUGUUAUAACAUCUAUAAUUACAUAAGUUAAGUGAUAGUCUCUGAGUUGUAUGACCAAAGGAGUUAGGGUAAACCAUGAUUAUUACAGAAUCACGUGCAUAAAAAAGAUUUGGGAAGACUGCAGCCAGCUAUACUCAAUGUGCUGCUUCUAGACCUGUCCAGAAAUAUUUCUGUGAAAAAGACUGCAGAGUCGGUGUGUACACAAAUCUGAGGAUCUCCAAGCAUGUUUGUCUUCUAGUCCAAGUCACUGUCAUUGAAAAUUAAUAGUUUUGUGGAUUUAUGUACCCUGCCAUAUGUUUACCUGAAGACCACUGAUGUCUACACAGAAAAAUUAAAGAUGGAGAAAAGUGGUAUCUUGUCCAGUGGUGUGGCUUUUGUGAUUCAUCUAGCAUUUCUGCUGAUUUGGUUGAAAGUCAUUCAUUGAUUGGCAUAUUGGCUAUAACUAAGGCAAGAGUGACCCUGGAGGGCAUGAGAACAUGGGUUGAAUAUAGAGUUGUCAAAUCUAUUAUCCAGAACGUUGGACAGGCAGUAUUUUUGUUAUAUUGAAGCAUUUUUGAAAUGUUUUAAUUAGCAAAUAGUGUAUUUGAAUGAGAAUAUGUGAUGGAAUUUUACAUAUGUAUUAAGCUGAAACCCUCACCAUAAUUAUAAUGCUAACCAUAUCUGUUUCUGUGUAUUUACCUCACGUCCUUUUAUAACCACUCUCCCUGCCCUUCACAAUUCUCUAAUUGACCAUUGCUUUACUUUUCCCUUUAAUGGGUAACUUUGCAUUCCCUGGAAUUUAUAUGAUGAGAAUAAAAGUUUUUGUUUUAAUUUAUGGUGCAUAAAUACUUGAAGAUUUAUUUUGAUAUGUUUGUAACUCAUCUUUUUUUCUGCAAUAUUUUUGUCUUUGAAUUUGUCAACAUUUGUUUAUUCAUUUGUUCAUGGACAUUGGGUUAUUUCUAAUUUUUGAUUAUUUAAAAUAAA